AUGGCUCCACGUAAGCAUGUUAUAUUAAAAUUACAGGAUAAGUUAGAAGUUAUAAAAUUAAUUAACAAAGGGACCAGCUACAGUACAAUUUUAAGACAAUUUGGGAUAGGUGUAUCUACCAUCAGUGAUAUUAAAAAAAAAAAGGAAAAAAUAGAGAAGUUUGUCAUUGAAACGGAAAAUGGUCCAGUGAGCGGUGAAAUGAUUUGUGAAAAAGCACGAUCUUUUCAGCACCAAUUCUCAAAAAAUAACCAUGCUUUUAAUGCGUGCAAAGGUUGGUUAGACAACUUCAAAAAGCGUCAUGGGAUAUGGCGUCUCAAAAUUUCUGUUGAAAAACUUUCGAGUGUAGAGGACUGCAUCAAACCGUUCCAAAAAGACUUUGAAGAACUUGUCAUACAAAAAAAAUUUAAAGCAGAACAAAUUUACAAUGCCGAUGAAUCUGGAUUGUUUUGGCGAUUGUUGCCUGACCAUACUUUACUUUUAUCUACAGAAAAAGCCGCUCCCGGUAGAAAGAUUAUGAAAGAAAGAGUCACUUUUAUGCCUUGCGCUAAUGCGACGGGCAGCCAUAAAGUUCGUUUACUUGUUGUAGGAAAGGCUCACAAGCCUCGUGCAUUUAAAUCGGUUGCACUUCCUGUGUACUACCGAGGGCAGAAAAAUGCGUGGGUAACAAGAGAUUUAUUUUUAGAUUGGUUCAACAAUGAAUUUGUUCCUAGUGUUCGUCGUCAUCUUUCUUCAAUCAAUUUUCCUAUGGAAGCUGUAUUACUAUUGGAUAACUGCCCAGGUCACCCAUCUGCAGAUGAACUUAUAAGUGAAGAUGGCAAAAUUUUUGCGAUGUUUCUUCCACCAAAUACAACUGCUAUGAUUCAACCAAUGGAUCAGAAUGUUAUCCAAAUUAUAAAAUUGAAUUACCGAAAAACUUUACUUACGAAUAUUUUGGCGGAUGAAGAAAACGGAGUUGACUUGGUAGCAGCUUUGAAAAAAAUCAAUCUUAAAGAUGAUGAAAUUCAACAGUGGGCAUCUGGGGGCUGCGAUGAAGAGAUACAGCAACAGGAAAUUUUAACUGAUGAUGAAAUCAUACAUGCGGUAACCAAAGAAGACAUUGAGAAGGAAGAAGAUGAUGAAUUUUUGCCCCCUUCAAAAAUAUCUGCUUCAGAUGCCACUAAAGCGUUAAAUACGGUCAUACAGUGGGCUGAACAAAACGAUGAAAGCUGCUAA